AUGACAUGUCGCUGGAUCCGCCAACUAUCUCUCCCCGUUCUCUUCGCGCGGAUCUGCCUCUGGCCGCGGGCCCUUACCCCGCAACGCUUCCCCCUGAGCACCGUCAGACCAUAUAUUCGAACUCUCGCGCUCAUCAACCGUGAUCGCCAGCCCCACCUCGACCUACGGAGGACCCACUUUUGUGGCGCGCUUGAAGACGACGCCAAGCACCAGUUCUUCCUAGGUGCCUUACGUGAAAUGAUACGACUGCAGACUGUCGUAGUCGAUCGCGACGCCGUUACUUCAUCUGGCCUGCCGUUCUGGGUCCUGGACGCUAUCUUCUCAACUCCUCAACUGCGUUCCGUCGAAUUUGGACCAUCUAUGUGCCUUUCGAUGCGAGAAGAUCUCAGCACUCCCCAGCAUAUACGGCUCACCGGCCCUGUCCCUCCUCUUGUCUCUUUCCGAAGAGCUCUUCCAAGCUACAAGAUGUACUCACGGGAGCCGGCAGAGGUGGCUCUGCUCUACGAUCUCUUCAAGCAACUCCACGCUACGCUCCAGGUCGCAGAGAUGCCCAGCGAGACUGCACCACUGAGAGCGUUUAGGAAGAACGACUGGUCACACCUUCGCGAGCUUGUUCUACGCGGAGGACCGCGACGUCCAUCCCGCGUGUUCAUGAUCGAAAACUUGAUGCAGAUGCCGAACCUGCGCAUCCUCAAGCUCGAGCUGGCGCAGCACUGUGGAGCGGGUCCUCAGCCCAUAUGUCCCCCUGGAUGGGCGGGCGGCUGCCCAUGGCCGAACCUGGAAGUCCUUACGGUGGCCAGUGCGCACCCGGACGAUGAACUAUUCGCGCACUUGCCAGGCGGCCUCCAAGAGCUAACAAUCCGAUGUUACCCCCGACACUUUGCGUUGGACGCCCCGAAGACUCAGGAGGCCGCGAUCGCGGAACACCAACGCUGGGAUUCGUACUUGCUUACGUCUCACGAACUGCUACGUAUCUUUCGCCGAUGCGGCACUCUUGUUUGUCUCCGACACCUCGAUAUCGAAUUCGCGACAUCCUCGGAAGACACGGCGCUCCUGAGCCGCAUCGCAGCCGCAUUUCCGUCAGUUAGGUUCCUCCAAUUCUUGCGUUACUGCAAGGGCUCAAAGCACAUUGCAGCUCCCUGGGCUGCCCUUGGAGAUGCCCUCAGCCCCAUGACUAAUCUGCGGCUGCUUCGGGUCCAUCUCGACUUGAAUCUGGCUGAGAACGACUCCGCGAUAGCCACGGAAGCUAUCACCAGCCUCUGGCGACCCCUCAGCCCCUCCGUCCGCAUCCUGAUGGAGCUGGGUAUGGCCGACGCGUUCGGCCACGAGCUCCCGCUGAUCCAUCCGGCCCCGCACGCAGUACCUCCGUCGCGCGGACUGGGGUGGGAUGCAGAGCGCGACGUCGUCUGA